CAACUCAAAGAAAAGAUAGCGGAUAGAAAAACGUCCGAAAAAUUUGCAACUUUUAAACGAGAUAUGAACGAAAGUGUUAAAGUGUUAAAGUGCUGGCGAAGCGGAAGUAUAAAAAUGUUAUAGGAACGAAUAAAAACAUCUAUUAAACCUGUAAAAUUGGAAAUCUCAUAAAAAUAUACAUAUUCGGGUUACUAAGUAGUUAAGCAAAAUAUAGUUGAAAUUGUGAAUCGCAAUUUACUGUGAAGUUUAGAUGUACAAUUUGCUCUGCCCUUGUUUUUUAUGCAAUCCGCAUAUUUGUGAAUCGGAAAGUGUAGUUUUCUAUAUGCGUUUGGAAUUUCCUUAAAAAUAUACGCGUGAUAAAAUUUAUAUGUAGUGCAAGCAGAAGGCGAGAAGUAAUUAUCAUAAAAGUGUAGGAAAAAGAAGAGUUACUCUACAUUUGUUGAUUUGCAUUAUUUCCAUUACUAAAUAAAAACAUUCGCGAAAGCUAAUUGCAGCGUUUGUACGGCAGCGCCCUUUCAAUAAACGUUUUUUGUUUUGCCUGCUGCUGGCGCAAUAUCUGCUGCAGCUGUUCGCUAAGUGGGUUUAGAUAAGAGCGAGCGGGCAAAGGGACGUCAAAAAAUUGUGUAUUUCAUGUUUAGUCAGGCUUGACUGUUAGCAGAACCAAAGCAGGAAAAAAUCUUUCAAACAAAUAUAUCUUGACGGACAGAUUGCCAUUUAGCACAUUUUUCCGUGAACCUUUUAAAAGAAAUUUUUCGCUCCUGAAGCAACGCAUCCAUUGCCAUUAGCAGCAAAAAUAUAACAGCAACACUUCCACCGUCGCUUUGUACCUUGCCGUGGUAGCAUGACCAUCCCGUCGAGGCCAGCGCCUGCGCCACCGGUAGCGCGCGGUCAAAGUGCUGCCGCCGGUGCCAACGCCAGUAUCGAACAGUUGCGCUUACAACUACAACAACAGCAUCUGCAGCAACAACAAAAUGGCGGUGUUCAGAAAUUGGCUAUUAGUCUGCCGCCACCACCGAAGGGUCCUUCCUCAGCCAUAUCCAUGGCCAAUCGUAAUAACAGCAUUAGCAACAACAACAACUAUAACAGCAAUCAGUCGGCGAUAACACGAAAAUUUCCACAAGCACGCUACACGCCCACCACCAAUUGGGAUGAUGAUCCAUUUGGUGCCAACGCGGCAUCCGCCGUAAAUUCUUCGAAUGGCAAUCACAGGAAAGUACCACCGCCACGUCCGCCCCCACCUAAAGUGCAGGUGAAUGGUCGCAAAGCGCCGCAACCGCCCUCCGCACACUCAACAAAGUUGCUAAGUAAUAUUUUUAGGAGCAAGAAAAGCGUUAGUAGUAGCAUCAAUAAUAAUAACAAAGCAAGUAAAGUGUACGGUGUCAGCAGUGGUGUUUAUGCCGCUAACAGUACUACAGUUACAACAACAAGUAACAACAGCAACAGCAGCACAAAUACCUGGAGUGCCAUGUCCUCUACGACAAAUGGUAGCAACAGCGCUAACAGUUGGCACGCAAACUGGAAUAACAGUUACUCUUCCACAUCACUCACGUCAUUGGCUACUGGAAAUAGCAGUGCUACUGCCGGUGUCUCAGGAGUGUCGGAAGCCCAGCUUAUUAGUUUCGACUCGCCGCCAAGUUCUCCAACAUUCACACAAAAAUCGAAUAGUGACUGUCUGAGCGUCGAUAGUUUCAGCUCCGAUUCAAAUUUCAGUUCACCACACAAUGGCAGCGUCUCUCAACCGGAAAGUGGUUUCGAGGAUGAUUUCAAUGCACGUAGCCGUCCAGCUACCACUAGUCCGCUCGAUCCAUGGGAAGCCUUCGAUAGCGGUUUCAACACUGCUGCCGACACUAUUUAUGGAAGUUCAGCUGCAACGAGUAGCAUCGGUACGGCGCCAGUACGCAAUCUCAACACUAUCAACUCACGCAUCCAGUUAAGUAACGACAAUCCACUUUGCAAUGGCAAAAGUCUUUUACCUCCCACGCCCGCACUUAUUGCGCCAACGAUUAUCAAACCGAAAGUGUCGCAAAAGACACGUGCACCCAAGCCGCCAAUGCUGCCGAAACCACAGCUCGCAAAUGGCGGUCAAAAUUCACCACCAACGCCACCAUCGCCACCAAUGCCACUGUGUGCACCACCACCGCCACCGAAUGGUGUUACAUUGUUAGACGUAAUAUCGGGCAAAGCGGAUGCACUACAGCUGGAAGGGGGUGUUUGCGGAGGGUUAGGAUUUGGCAAUGGUGGGGAGGAAACUAAGCCAUAUGGCGUGGCGUUAUACGACUUUGAUGGCGUCGAAGAGGGUGAUCUUAGUUUUAGGGAAAACGAGAAAAUCUAUAUAUUGGAACAAAUGAGUGCCGAGUGGUAUCGUGGGCGUACGCGUUCUGGCUGUGAAGGCAUUUUCCCAAUAAAUUAUAUCGAUGUGAAAGUGCCAUUGGAGGAAACAGCGCCAACGUUGACCGCUAAUAGUAUGCAGCAAACCGCUAAAAGCACGCCGCUGCGUGUUCGUUGUCUCUACAAUUUUCCAGCCGAAUACGAGGGUGAUUUGGCAUUAAAGGAGAAUGAAAUGGUGUCCAUACUUUAUAAAAUCAAUGAAGACUGGCUUUACGGUGCCAUUGACGGCCGAGAAGGACAAUUCCCAGCGAAUUUCCUCGAGUAUUUACCCGCCAAUAUACCCAUGGCAUAAGCAGUGGACUCAAAGCAAAUCCUUUACAUUUUGCACGUCCUACUUGAAAAUUGAAAUGUACUUUCGUAUUUGUGUCCAUCCCGCACACCAUAUUAUUACAUUUACCUAUUUGUCCAAAGUACUAUGCACUCACAAUAUGUAUAUUUAGAUUACCUAUAAUAACAAAUUUUCCACUAAUAAAGUACCUAGAUUUUGUAUUUUUUGUUUUGUAAUAAAUGUGUUCGCUAAUCGGUGAGCGGUGAGCUGUAAUGUGUCUCGAAAAACUUGAAUGUUUGAAAGUGUGGCAGUGGAUUGCAACAUGGAAUUGAAUUUGGUUUAGAAUUUGUGUCUAUGUGAUUAUAAAAACCGUUUGAUAUACAUACAUACAUACAUAAAAACAUACAUUUUUGAUAGAAAGUAAUUUAUAGCGAUCACAGUGAUGUGCACUUGUAAAUCACUAAUAUGAAAAUGCGAUAACUGUAAAAUUCACAUAUAUUAAAUGUUUGCAUAUACCUUUGAUGUACAUGAGCUUUUUGAUUUAGUAUUUAAUUAAAUGCACUAUAAUGGUACAUGUUUGUAAACGUAAUUAUAUAUAUUUGGGGGAAAAAAAUCCAACAAUGUAAUUGUCAUAUCAGCUGAAAAAUUGAAUUUUUUAACGCUCGGUUGCAAGAAGUACUAACUAAAUUGCUU